CAACUUCCCGUUGCAGAGCGCGUGUGUUUGAUGGUAUUGGACACGUUGUUGGCCAGCGGCGAGAUCUUCACUGCAGUCAGCAGAGAAUGACAGCCUCGCUUUGUUUUGCCAGACCGCCUCCGCCAUGUAACCGGCCCGCUGGGCGGGGCUAAACAUAGGGGGGUGUGCGAUGGUCUGGGAUGGAUCUACCCGCAAGCCUUGCAAACGUCGGCCUUGUAUGUAAAGGUGGGCCACUCCUGACACCUCCAAGCCUUUUUACUUUCCUGCGACGUUCAGCACCUGAAAUUCAGUGCCGAGGAAGAUAUUCGCUCCAGAGGCCGUUUUUGAUGUACUAGUCAAUUGCCGAAUUCGACAUUUGAGGAGAUGGAAUCAUGACAUGGCGCCUCUUACCGAUAUCGACUUGCUAGCCCUGCGCAAGCGCUUCCCGACCCCCAUACCUGAGCUAUCAACACGUACUUCGCCGCCAACGAGAGCGAGCCUGUCGACCGAAGGAGGAUUCCUGGAAGCAUGGGCCCAAGGCUACAAUGUGGGGAGUUUGAUCAUCCUGAUCUUGAUCGUCUUCUGCAAUUAUCGGUCUGGAAUAUGGCUCCAUAAGCUCAUCCUCCUUGAGCUUGUGCUCGCCCUUUGGCACGGCACAUUCAUCUUCGUCAAAGACCCGGACUACGGUUGGUAUCUCUCCGCCACCGCAGCUUUGCUCUUCAUAUCCUAUUUUCUCCACAACGUCGUCUCGUGGAUCAAGAUCCGGCCCUUCCUCCCUCGCUGGGGUUCCCGCCUCUUCAUCAUCUCGUUGCUCUGCGUCCAGCCCUUCUGGGUCGUCGAGGCCUGGUCCAACUUUGCCUACUUCAAUUCGCUCGGAUCCGAAGCUAACGUGAAGAUAAGGCCUUGGGAGGCCUUACUCCGUGAUCCGUGGUGGAUAUUCACCACUUGGGAGCUUAUCAAUGCGAUCAAGAAGACAUAUGCAUUCAAGAUUUGGGAUCUCGUCAGGAUCAACACGCGAUUCGGUAUCAUGCUCCUCUGCAUGAUCAUCUCAAUCGCUUUUCUGCUCGUAGACGUCGUAGUCAGCGCAGCAAAACUUUCGGCGAACAGUGGCAUCAAUCCUUACUGGCGCUUUGCGCUCGUCUUCAAGUGCGCGUCCGAUACAAUCUUCCUCGACGACUUCAAGUCCGUCCUUGACGAUAUUGUAGCGCGCAAACUUAGCUCUAAGAACACCGCCGGACGUCACGGGUCGGUAGGAGGGUCUGGCGGCAGUGGCCAAAAGCUAGCACGAUCUGUUUCGCGUGGCGCUGAGCUUAUCGAAUGCACGGCCCUCGAACAACCUACUCUUACACCCGUCCAUACAACUAGCUCUUCGCAAGCGACGGCGCCGAAAUCAAAAUUCGCGCUUCCAUUUUCAAAAGAAAGGAAGAUAUCGACCCCAAAGAUCAAUGUUCAGCAAGACAUGGCCGUUGCGUCGCAUGCGAGGCAACCGAGUCACAAUAGCUGGGAGAGUGACAAUCCGAUAUUGCCCAAGCCAGCGCGUACCGUCCAUGGCAAUAUACACCUGAGAGCGAGCGAGAGUGAACAAGAUUUGAUGAUUAAAAGAAUAGUGUGAAGAGAUGGAGACCGGUGAAGACAUCUGGGAGUACAAUAAAGUGCAGAAGAGGGGAAUAGAAAGGAUGAUAGGCACAAGGAAUCCUGAAGACCAACCCACGCGACAUGGAUUACUGUUGCGACGCUUCAAGGCGUUACGAAGUAUUCUCCAUGUGGAGAGCCUCGGAAGCACAGAACUUGAAGCUGGGCUAGUGCACCGUGGCCAUAUGUGCCCAGCACGUCUACGCUCAGAAGCGCAUUAUGCGGUAGCUAAGCUAUCCAAGCGCAUGUUGAUGCGAAAUGCAGAUACUGGAGGGAGACAUGCGCACAGAAUAUCGCAGUGUUGAAAAGGAAGAGAGGUAGUCAGACAUGACGAAGAGAAGCUUGACGCUUUUAGCCUUACCAUAUACCCCGAACGCGAGUGCG